CGGCGACGAGCAGUGGAAUUCUCGUAGACAUUCUAUCUGCUACCCUAACCGUUCAUGGAGGCGUCUCGCCACACGCUCUUCCUCCCCACUACAUUCCUCCGAUUCCGCUGCUUCCGUUGCUUCCGCUGUUUUUGUCGCUGUCGCUGCUGCUCCUAGCUUGUAGCUUUAGGGCUGAGUUUAUUCUUUCCAACUUCUCGUGGUAUGGAUCUCUCCCAAUCUCAAUCCAACCUCUCGCUUGGGUUCCAUGCGCACCGCUCACCGAUUGCCGACGACGUCUCCUCUCUUCAAACUGACGCGAGCCUGCGACCGAUCCCGCUGCAGCUGCUUGACCAGCAAUCGGAGAAUCGGUGGAGCGGCUCGGUCGGGAUCGAGGACGGCGAAGAUUCCGUGGACGGGCAGAGGGAGGAGGAAUUCAGUAUCCUUGGAUAUCCGAUGAGCCUUAAGCGACAACGAAGAGGUGAAUCCUUGUCUUCAUGCUCGUCUUCUUCCUCUUUGCAUCCUUCAAAGAGAGCUUUGGUGGAGCCGGAUCUCGAUACGCGUAGGGCUGUGGUCCGUUCUUGGGGGAACCAGACCUUGUCAGUGGCCGAUCCAGAUGUGCAUGAGAUUAUGGAGAAGGAGAGACAGAGACAGAUCAAGGGGAUCGAGCUCAUUGCCUCGGAGAAUUUUGUUUGCCAGGCCGUCCUUGAUGCCCUAGGGAGCCAUCUGACGAACAAGUACUCGGAGGGUAUGCCUGGGGCUAGGUACUACGGUGGCAAUCAAUACAUUGAUCAGAUUGAGCGUCUUUGCUGUGAACGAGCACUGGUUGCGUUUGGUCUUGAUCCCGAUUGUUGGAGCGUUAAUGUUCAGCCUUAUUCUUGUACAUCUGCGAAUUUUGCUGUUUAUACAGGGCUUUUGCAGCCGAAGGAUAGGAUCAUGGGGUUGGAUUCUCUGUCAGGCGGGCAUGUGAGCCAUGGAUAUUUGACACCAGGUGGUAAGAGGAUAUCAGGGGCUUCAAUAUUCUUCGAAAGCCUGUCUUAUAAGGUUAAUCCACAAACAGGGUAUAUUGAUUAUGAUAAGGUUGAGGAGAGGGCAAUGGAUUUUCAUCCAAAGAUACUGAUUUGUGGGGGUAGCUCAUACCCAAGGGAGUGGGACUAUGCCAAGUUUAGGCAGAUUGCU